UAAAUGUCAAUACCAGUAGUUACGAGGUAGGUACUCUCGCAGGUCAAAUCUUAUUCUGUACACACACACACACACACACAGACUAUACAAGGCACAAUGUUCAAAAAGGAGACAAGUCAUAAGGCGUUGAGGAGCGGACUUCGCCCGACUCCCGACCACAAGACCCGCCGCAAGGGCAAAAUUUUAGACAUGAAGCAAAAAGGUCCGUUCGAAAGCGUCUCUAUAUGCUUCGACUCUUCAGUUCUCAGCAGCAGCGGCAGCCAUCUUCAUCUUCUUCUCGCGCACAUCACGAGCAUGCUCGUCAUGGGCGUGAAGGCGCUCGAGCACGUCGCGUUCGAUUUCCUGGCGGCGUUGCUCAGCGGCUGCGAGCUUGUUAAUAACGUCGGUGGUGGUGCGAGGGAGCAUUGGAGAUGGUGGGCCACUCCUCCUCCUCUCGACAACCUCCAAAUGAGAGGAAAGCCUUUCCUUGCGAUCGCGUUCAGCAGCAUCACGAAGCUCCUGAGCGGUCUCCAGCUUCUUGUUGAUCGCCUGAGCGACUUCCUGGGCUUCCUGAGCGGUUCCUUGUUUGUUCGUUGCCGCAAUUUCCUUUGCGUGGUUGACCAUCUGAGCAGCCUUCAAGGCCUUUUGACGCAAGUGUUGAUUCUUCCUCUCCUCUGCUUCGUCGAGCUUCAUUUGCAACUCCUUGGCACUGGGACGGCCUUCAUCGCUCGAACUCUUCCUCCUAGCAGCAAGAUGAGGGGAAGCGAUGGUAACAGGGGAAGGGAACUCCUCGAGGGGUACGACCGUGAUGGGAGCGGUGGCGUCACUGUUUUUCACGGCAGGCGGGGUGAGAGUGAUGCCGAAGGCGACGGAGGUGGUCUUUUUCGCGGAAGCCAUUCUGGAGAGGAAGUAGGAAGACAGAGACAGCUGUUGUUUUUAUAUGAGUCGGUGAAUGGCUUGGCCCGGAAGUAAGCGUGGGAAUGGCUUGCGGAAAUGAGUUUGCUCGAGGAGGGCCAAGAUCAGGACGAAGGACAAAACGCGUGCAUGCAGUGAGAAUGAGUC